AUAUACAUUUAUAAUUUUAUCUAGAGCGGUACAUCUUGAAACUUCCUGAUCCUGCGUUAAGGUAUUUUCAUCGGUCUCUCUCCGGCAAAGCGAAAGUCAUGCCCCGUCGCAGCUCCGCCGGAAGAUCUUCUGGUGCUAAACCUCGUCCUGCACCGACCCAGCCAGCUCGCCAUGCACCUCCUCCGGCUCCUGCACAGAGUAGCUCUGGUGGAUCCAUGGCUGGAGGUAUUGGAUCAACCAUUGUUGAAGGUAUGGCAUUUGGUGGAGGAAGUGCAAUAGCACAUAGAGCUGUGGAUGCUGUUAUGGGUCCUCGUACAAUUCAGCAUGAGACAGUUGUCUCUCAGGCUGUCGCUGCACCGUCACCUGGUGCAACAACCAUGGGUGGCUCUGAAGCUUGUGCUUUGCAGUCCAUGGCACUCCAGGAUUGCCUGAAUAGCUAUGGAAGCGAUAUAAGCAAGUGUCAGUUCUACAUGGAUAUGCUGUCUGAGUGCAAGAAAAGUUCAGGUUCGAUGAUGAGUUCUUAAUCUUGGCAUUCCAUUUUUCAGAAAUGUGGAUCCAUCAGUCUUAUAUGGAUAGCUAUUAUCAAUGCAUAGUUGAGAACUUUGACAUUAAAACAGAAUUUCAGCACUUGUAUUGAACUGCAAUCAGAAUGUGCUGAUAAAAAAUGGUAUGCAUGUGGUGGGUGGGUAUAGUUGCAAGGAUUUAUUCAAUAAACUUCAUCACACCAGAUAUGAUGAUAUGAUAUGGUUGCAUUGUUUGGCAUUGCAAUUAUCAGCUCAAAUAUCUGUCUGUUUUCUACAA